CUGUCAAAACAUUCUAAUCUCCGAUUUGUUGAUGUUUUUUUUUGUAAAGGAGUAAUAAGUAUUAAGCCGAUAAAUAAGUCAUGUUAAGUUCAAUUGAUAAGAACAACUUCUCUUCAAUAUGCCGACUUUGUAUGAAAAGAAACGCAUUGUUGAUAAAUCUCCAUUCAAAGAACGAUAACGCCAAACACCCUUCCCGCAACAUUUUGGACAUCAUUGAAGUGUUCACAACAGUCAAGAUAGAUCCAUCGGACAAUCUUCCACAAAAGAUUUGUGAAAAAUGUAUCGAAACGAUCAAUUCAAUGAUGGUAUUUCAAAGCAAGUGUAAAAGGAGCAAUGAGGAAUUGCAUAAAAUGAUCGGAAAAGUGCCGAGAACGGGAUAUGUAAUCGAAAUUUCAGAUGACAGUGAUGAGGAUGAACGUGGUGUAGAGUCGUCAUCAGACCAAAUCGUCGAAGAUGAAUACAGAUUCGAGAGCCCUGGUGCGGGGCAAGUAGGUGAAAAUGGUCAACGAACUGUUAAAGAGACAAAAGUCUUUGAGACGAAGCCGUCACGUCCCACAAAGGUGGCAUGUCACAUAUGUGGAAAACUUUAUUUGUCGAGCAAACUGAAGUAUCACCUUAACGAACACACUGGAUUGAAACCUUUCGAAUGUGAUGAGCCUAACUGUAAGUCACAGUUUGCAGCACCUCACUAUCUCAGUAAACACAAAAAAUUCUGCCAUUCGCAGACACCACUUUUACACUGCGAUGUUUGUGGAAGAGGUUUUAAAGUGAAAGUCGGACUAGACAUGCACCGAUCGUAUCACUUUGACCCGAAUGUACCGUGUAACAUUUGCGAGAAAUUUUUUCAUAACAAGCGAGCCCUAAAUACGCAUAUGUUGGUCCACAGUCAGGAACGAAAAUUUAAAUGCGAAACUUGCGGGAAAGCCUACCAAACGAGAUACACGCUUCGCAUUCACAAACGAGUUCAUACGCAGGAGAAACCAUAUUCUUGUCACUGCGGAAUCUCGUUUGCCUAUAAGUGCUUAUUGAAGUCUCACACUGAAAAAUACCAUAAGUAGUCUGAGUAAUUGCAUUCAUCAUUAUCAACGUUUUUGAAAUAAAAUUUAAAAAAG